AUGAGGAUUCGUCUUCUCAUUCUGUUCGCUUUCUUCGCCAUUGGGAAUGCUGAAAUCAAGACGCUUGGAGGAACAAUUGUGGCACGGGAAGGCCAACCUGUCACGCUGAGAUGCGAAGUUGCUAAUGUCAAUGAUGCUAGUAUUAUCUGGAAGAAGAACGAUGAUGUGAUCGCAGUGGAUGAGGACAUCUUAGACACAUUUGGAGGCUAUGAAGUCGUCAUUGAGAAUUCGGUUUCUGCGUUGACUAUCAAACGAAUCGAGCCAAUUAACUCGGCAAACUAUACCUGCGCUUUGUCAGAGCCCGAAGUACAUGUCACAUUUGUUGUGAAAGUUCAAGUAAAACCCGUCGUUGUGAUCUCGCCGGAUUCGGGAGUUUAUCAUGCGCGUGUCGGCGAGAAGAAUUUGGUGUUGACGUGCCACGUGAAGGAGGGCAAUCCGAAGCCAACGGUGGUUUGGACGAAGCAGGGUGCUCCAUUCCCAGCCGAUGUUAAGCGUGAGCAUGGUGGCUCGAGAAUCGUAUUUUUAAAUGUGCAAAAGCAUCACGCUGGAAAGUACAACUGUCUCGCUGAAAAUGUCGCUGGAAAUGAUAGGUCCACAAUCGAGAUCAAUGUGGCUGAAACUGUUGCUGGAACUCGUGAAGAAAAACCAUGGGUGAAAAAUGAGAACACUUUCAUACCGGUGCGCAAAAAUCAGAAUGCCUCUUUCUGGUGCACCUAUGACGGAACUCCAGUUCCUCAGGUUGAAUGGCUUUUCAAUGGAUAUAAAAUCAAUUUCAACGACGAGAAGUUUAAGAAGACUACUGAAACUGCUCAACGUCUUAAUGGAUACAGUAAGACUACGUUGACUGUUGGGGAGAUUAGUGAAGAAGCUUUUGGUGACUAUGCCUGUCGAAUUUCCAAUAACCUCGGCUCGGUUACAUCAGUUGUUCACGUUAGCGGUAGGCCUGGACCACCAGAACUCUCACUUGAUGGAAGCGAGCUCACAUGGACGGUGCGCGCGUUCGACAAAAUCUUGGAAUAUCAAUUGUGCCGCCGAUUCGAGACGCAGGAUCAUUUCCUCCCGGAGGAUUGUCAUUCUAUUCGCGUGAAGAAGACUGACAACAAUGGCGAUGACCAAUGGACGCAUUCGAUGGAUUUGGCAUCGUUCUUGGAGCCGAACCGCGCGUACCACAUUCAGCUGAAGGCAAGAAAUGCGUUGGGAUGGGGAUCAAUGGCAAAAGAUGCGCUUAGAGUUCAAUUGGAUUCCGAAGACAAAGAUUUGGCUACCCAAUCAGGAUGCACAAUUAUUUCGACAUUCCUCGUUCUCUUCGUCGCAAUUAUCGUGUUGUAG